AUGGCUGCCGAUGCAGCGCCAGGCGGUUCUUCCCACUCUGUUGCUGCUGCUGCUGCUGCUACUACUACUGCUGCUGCUGCUGCUAGUUCGUGCAGCAAGUGUCUCCUGGGGGCCCCAGUCUCUUCGCCUUGUCUCAAGGAGUCUGAGGGGGCCCCCGUUGAGGGGCCCCUAUCACUUCCUCUGUACCCUGGAUACGAAAUAAAAGACGAUCCCACAGGGGGCCCCCCUAUAACUGAUUUAUCUAGUGCAGCAACGCGCAGCAGCAGCCCCUCUGUGGGGUUUGAAGAGGCCAGCAUAGAAGAGACCCCUGGGGGCCCCUUAACAACGAGGCAGCAGCAGCAGCCUGAAGAUGCCCCGCUAAAGGAGGGGGGCCCCCCUCUGUAUGUGAGUGCUGCAAAGGGCCCCCCUCAUUAUAUGCUGCCUCUGUACCCCAGCGCAUGGCCCCACCAGGAGGCCUCUAAUGAUGACAUUCUUCUGUCUCCUUCCUCUUCUACUGUCUCCGGGACAGAUGGGCCCCCCAUGAGGCCUCCCCUGUCAGCAGCAGCAAGGAGACAGCUGCAGCAGCUCUUACAGCAGCAGCAAAUGCAGGGAGAGACUGGAAGCACUCAACUGCAAGGCGAAGUGCAGCAAGGCCCUAGGAGCGAGCUGGAACAACCCCUGGGAUCGUCUCCUUUGGAGGCGAUCCCAGAGGCAGGAGACUCGGAAGAACCUUUAACAGUGUGGGGUGGUUGGAGACAGUUAAGCGACAUUAGGCAGCACAAAGGAGACACAGGAGACACCAGCGGCACUCCGACCGUUACCCCAGCACCUGCACCAGCAGCAGCAGCAGCAGCAGCUGCAGCAGCUGCUGGAAGCAGAAAGCCACCAUCAUCUGAAGGAAAGAACGAGGCGGUGAUUGCUCCCUCCAAGACACACUCUUCCCGGGCAGCAGCAGCAAAUGCAGCAGCAAAUGCAGCAGCAAAUGCAACAGCAAAUGCAGCAGCAACUGCAGCAACGAAUGCAGCAGCAAAGGCAGCAGCAGCAACAGUUUCGUCUGCUGCGCACGAUUCAAGCGCGGGGCCUUCUUGUAGCUCCUCGGUCUCUUGUGCUCCAGGAAAAGGCUUCUCAGCAGCAGCAACCGAAGCAGCAGCAGCAGCAGCAGAAAGUGAAGCAGCAGCAACACAGAAAGCAGCAGCAAAAGCAACAACAGUGCAGGCAGAGGCAAGGAGAAAUACUGCUGCAGCCGCUGCACCACAGAGAAGGACGACAGAACAAAUAGCAGCAAAACCAGCAGCAGCAGAAGAAGCAGCAGCAACAGAAGCAACAGAAGCAGCAGCAGCAGCAGCAAGAGAAGCAGCAGCAAAGCCGAUGGCAGCAACAGAAGCAGCAGCAGAACAAGCAACAACAAUACCUUCAGCAGCAACACAAGUAGCAGCAGGGCGAGAAGCAGCAGGAUUCGUGGGUGCAGCAACAGAGACAAGAGCAGCAGCAUCGGCAGCAAAAGAGACAGCCGCAGACGAUGCAGCAGCAACGAGGAAGGCAUCAGCAGAAGCAGCACCGAAUGACGAGAAAGCAGCAGCAGCAGCAGCAGCAAAACAAGCACCAGCAGCGCAGGCAACAACAGCAGCAACGGGGGAAGCAGCAGGGAAAGAAGCAACAGCAGCAACAGGAGGCACAACUGCAGCAGCAAACAGAACAGCAGAAAUUAACUCAGAAGCAUCAGGACUGGCAACAAGAGAGACAGAAGCAGGAGCAGCAGCAGCACAAGCAGCAGCAGCAGCAAAAGCAGCUUCAGCCCACGAAGCACCAACAGAGGACGAUGGCAGGGAAGCAGCAGCAGCAACAUCAACACGAACAAGUGCAGCAGCAGCGGCGGAUGCUGCAGCAGCAACCGAAGCAGCAAGGGGCAGCGCAGCAGCAGCACGAACAGCAACAACACACAAAGCAGCAGCAGAAGAACAUACAGCAGCAACACGCCAAGCAGCAGCAGGAGGCCAGACAGCAGCAGCAAAGACAGCAGCAGCAGCUAAACCAAGCCAUCCCCUCAUAACAAGCAGCCCCCAAGGAAGCAAACAAGGGGCCCCCAACUCUCUAACAAAGGGGGGCCCCCCUCCCUCGCAUAUAGGCCCCCGUGGGGGGCCCCCUACACCUAAGUCUCCUCACCCCUACCCAUCACAACCCGCAAGCCAACUUGUUGACUCUGCAUCAGGGGGCCCCCUCGGUGACUCUACGCACUCACGGGGGCCCCUGGGGGCCCCCAGAUCUCACAGGGGUUCAGGGGGGGCCCCUGGGGCCCCCAGGGACUUAGCGGGGGCCCCCGGGGCCCCCAAGACCUCAACGGGGGGCCCCAAGGCCUCCGGGGGCCCGAGGGAUUUAGGGGGGGCCCCCGGUGUCCCCGAUGUAUCAUCAGGGGCCCCAGGGGGCCCCCAUGAAGGCAGUGGUGUUUGGCUAUAUUAUUGUUUGCAGUCGAUGGAUGGAUGCGCACCUGAUGUACGCUCAUCAAGAAACACUGCAGCAGCAGCAGUAGCAGCAGCAGCAGCAGCAAGGCUAGUAGCGGACCACUUAACAGCAAAAGCUGUGCCUGGGAGUUCGGGGUGUUUUGCUUUUAUCUCUCGCCUUCGGGGCCUCAAGUUGGUGGCUGCUGCAGACGGCAGUGGGGCAUUAGAGGUUGUCAGUGCAUGA